UGCUGCAACAUUGCCUGGGAAGCAAGUACCAGCCAGUCAUGGCCUCUGUUUCGAAGCUUCUGCUUCUCUUGUGCAGCUAUCACACUCUCACUGCUCAUGCAGGUGAUGAUCGCAGCUACAAGGUUCUUGCCACCGGUUCUCUGAAGACUGACGCCGUCUGCACCGACCCCAAAGCUACUCCGUCCUCCGGUGGCGCCACGGUGCCGUUGCACCACCGUUACGGUCCGUGCUCGCCGGUGCUUUCCAAGAAGAUGCCAACCUUGGAGGAGAUUCUCCGCCGUGACCAGCUCCGAGCUAGCUACAUCCUACGGAAGUUCUCCGGUGCCACGGGCCGCGCCGGUGACGUCCAGCAAUCGGAUGCCACCGUGCCGACCACCCUGGGCACCUCCCUGAACACGUUGGAGUACGUGAUCACCGUCGGCAUAGGCUCGCCGGCCGUGACCCAAACAUUGCUCAUAGACACCGGCAGCGACGUGUCAUGGGUGCAGUGCAGACCGUGCUCGCAGUGCCACUCCCAGGCGGACCCCCGCUUCGAUCCCAAAGCGUCGAGCACGUACUCCCCGUUCUCUUGCAGCUCGGGAACCUGCGCGCAGCUCGGCCAGGAGGGCAACGGCUGCGUGAGCUCCAAGUGCCAGUACAUUGUCAAUUACGGCGACGGAUCGAGCACGACAGGGACGUACAGCUCCGACACGCUCGCCCUGGGCUCCAACGCCGUCAAGAGCUUCCAGUUCGGGUGCAGCAACGCCGAGUCGGGCUUCAACGACCAAGCCGACGGGCUCAUGGGGCUCGGCGGCGGCGCGCAGUCGCUCGUGUCGCAGACGGCGGGGACGUUCGGCAAGGCCUUCUCGUACUGCCUCCCGUCGACUCCAGGCUCCUCAGGGUUCCUCACGCUCGGCGCUGGAAGUUCGGGCUUCGUGAAGACGCCGAUGCUCAGGAGCAGCCGGAACCCGACGUUCUACGGCGUGCUCCUUAAGGCCAUCAGGGUGGGCGGGAAGCAGCUCAACGUGCCGCCCUCGGUCUUCUCCGCCGGGUCGCUCAUGGACUCCGGCACGGUCAUCACGCGGCUUCCGGCGACGGCGUACUCGGCGCUGUCGUCGGCGUUCAAGGCCAGGAUGAAGCAGUACCCGCCGGCGCAGCCCAGCGGCAUCCUCGACACGUGCUUCGACUUCAGCGGCCAUAGCAGCGUCAGCAUACCGACCGUCGCGCUGGUGUUCUCCGGGGACGCGGUCGUCGACCUCGACCCCCACGGAAUCAUCUUGGACAACUGCCUUGCCUUCGCGGGCAACAGCGACGACGGCUCCCUCUGCAUCAUCGGCAACGUGCAACAGCGGACGCUCGAAGUGCUGUACGACGUCGGCCAGGGCGCCGUGGGGUUCCGGGCUGGGGCUUGCUGAUCGGCGCGCGUAAGGACAUUGUCCCUACCACACUGCGGGGAGGUAGCACGAUAGGCUUCUCUCGCGUGGUUGUCUACUUGUUUGUGGUUGCGAAAUAAGGGAGGGGUUGGAAAAUAAGGUAUAUUUAAGUUUAUUUUAAUUUAUAAAUAAUUUAUGAGUAAAAACUGAUAAAAUGAUAUGAUUAUAUCAUCAGAGCAUAAUCUAGACAUGUGUACGAAAAUACAACAUAUGACUAGAUCUACUAUAUUCAAAAUUAAAAAUCGCAGUAAAUAAAGUACAAGUAACAUAUUUUUUACGUAUU